UAAUACUGACAAGUUGUCAGUGACAACACUAUAUGGACGGACCUGGUGGCAACGCCGUGUCGAGAAAGUGGCUCAAGAACAAAGAUUGGGUGUUCACUGAGGGCAGGAACACAGAGUUCCGCUGUGGCAAUAAAUACCGCCAGAAGCGCUUCGAUUCCACACUGGAGGAGGCGCUAUACAAGCAGAAGCGCAUCACCAAAUUACCGCUGGUGGGUGGUCCUCUGAUCCGCAAGGCUCUGCACAUUCGGGAGGAGGAUACCGCAUCCGAACAGGAACCACAGCCGGUCGACAGCAACAACAACGAUCCACAGAUACCACAAGUGGGCGACAGCAGUGAGAACAACAACAACAACAAAAACAAAAACAAAACCAACAGCAACGACGCAACAGAGAAGUACAAAAUGGUACUGCCGUUCGGUCUCGGCCCCGACGGGCACCACGUGGACGCCAUUCACAGUGUCCCGGCGCCCAGUGCCCCACCAGCCCACUCGAUGCCCCCGCCAUACGCCAAGGGCCAGACGAACAUCUACACAGGAGUCCCCGUCAUUGUGAAUCCCUACAUCGACUUCAUUGUGGUGAACGGGGACGAUCGGUACAUGAUCCGAUGCGAGCGCAAGUCCGUCGUGGAGCGCAGCGUGGAGCUGGCGAAGCUGAUACACGCCGGACCCAACAGCGGCCGCAAGAGCGACAACCACUACCAGAUCCUCAAUGUGGACAAGAACGACUUUGAGCUGGUCGUCCGCUACAUGGAGAAGCACUUUAUACCUUAUCGCGAUCACAAACACUUGCUGAAGAUCCUGGAACUAUCGGAUCGCUUUAACGUGCCUGAUUUAAUCAUAUACUGCAUUCGGGAGCUUGAUCUCAGAAUUUCCAGUGCCACCGCAUUGGAUAUAUUCAAGGCGCUGUGGUUCUACCAGGGCAUAGCGCUGACCAACCAGCACCAGACAGUGAUCACCACCCAACAGAGUGGCCAACAGCUGGCCCGCAAGCAGGCCUCCAAGGCGAAGGCCGCUGCCAAGCAGCAGGCGGCGGCCAAGGCUGCCCUGGCGGGCGAGAACCCACCCGAGGGGGCCGAUGGGGCGCAGCUCAAUCUCAUACCCAAUCCGAAUCCCUUCACCACCGAGGACUAUGGCGUGGCCCUGCUGCACAACACACUCCAGCUGAUCGACAUGCACGCGGAGCUGAUGCUCUCGAUGCCCGAGAUCUGCGACCUCCGGUUCGAGGAGCUGGAGACCGUGGUCAAGCGCGACACCCUGCAACUCCGCUCGGAGGUCACCCUGUUCGAGUGCCUGGCCUCGUGGAGUCUGGCGGAGUGCGCCCGCAAGAAUAUCUUUGGCACUGCCGAAAACCGACGCACUGUGCUGGGACCCCUCUGCCUGACCCCCAGAUAUCUGCGGAUGAGUGCCUCCGAGUUCCGUCGUUGCUGUGAGCGCAUCGAGCUUCUCCCACCAGUCGAAAUAUCUCUCAUCAGUGAUGCCUUAGAGGGCAAAAAGCUAAGGAACCUCACCGACCAGCAGGCGGAGCUGAUGGAGAAGUUCCGCCAGCCACGUGCCGAAUACGCCCGCAUGCCAGUCCAUCUCAGCGAUCGCAGCAGUCCCAAGAACUACCCCAAGAAGAUGCGCCGCGCGAACGAGGGCCGCUCCACGGAGGAGGGUUGCUGGGAGAAGCUCGGCAUGAAUUGCCUCCGUGUCUUUGUCUGCAUAUUCGACUGAUCCGAACAGUCGGACGACGAGGAGGAUGACGAUGAGGAUGAAGACGACGGGGAGGACGAGGAGCAGGAUGAGGACGAGGACGAGGAUGAGGACGAUCCCACAUAGACUUGUUGCAUUAACGAAUAUUAGCGCUUAUGAACUACAUAUAUACACACAUAUAGAUAGUUAAUGAUUACGUUAGUCUUACAACAGAAGGGAAGGGUGCAGAGCUGGCCAAAAGUGGCAGUGAUUUUAUAGCAGCCGUUUCUAACAAAACUAUAUAGUGUUAUUUAUAUACAUAUGUACAUACUUGCUCGUACCUACAUAUGUAUGUAUGUGUGUGUAUGUGCGAGUGCAUGUAUGUGUAGGGGUCGAUCGAUUCGUUUUUUUGUAUUUACCCGCUAGUCAAAUGAUAACAGAAGAAACUCGUAACCACAAACUUUUAUACAACUUUAUGCAACGUUUUGUAGCUGGACUCAAAUUACGAGUACAAACCAAACAAAUACCAAAAAAAAAACUAAAAAAACAAAAACAAGAAGUAAAUCUAAGACACGCGGAUCUUACAUACAUACAUACAUACAUAUACUAUAUCGCGCGAGUAUCACAGGUCUGUGGAUCAGAAAUAUGUAUGUACAUCAUGAAAAUACAUCAAGCUACAAGUUAAUCAAGCAAACAACAACUAAAACAUAAACAAACAAAAUUAUAGUGCAAAUUGUAUUUCGGCCCGGCCAUAGCAAAAAAUAAUUAUUAAUUGUUUAAUAUACUGUUGUGCAAAAUGUAAAAGAAAUGGAAUUUAUUAUAUACGAAACACACACCAAUACAUAUGUACACACA